AUGACCAAAUGGCCUAAGCAAAUCACGGCAUCUCUCGUUGAGCAAUUGAUUCGAGCAGAAAAGGACUUAGAGAAGGCUAUUUGCAUAUUUGAUGCAGCCACUGCGGAGUACACUAAUGGCUUCCGGCAUGAUCACACCACAUUUGGUCUAAUGAUCACCAGAUUACUCUCAGCGAAUAAGUUUGUUUUGGCAGAGGAUAUGGUUGGUAGAAUGAAGCACGAGAAGUGUAAGAUCACUGAAGAUAUCUUCUUAUCUAUAUACAGAGCUUAUGCUCGGGUUCACAAGCCUAAUGAUGUAAUCAGGGUCUUUCGCAAGAUGGAUGAUUAUGAAUGUGAACCCACGGCAAAAUCUUACGUAACAGUGUUUUCCAUUCUUGUCGAUGAAAGUCAACUGAAAAUGGCAUUCAAGUUCUAUCGAUAUAUGAGGAAGAUAGGAAUUCCUAUUAGUGUCUUCUCUCUUAACGUGUUGAUCAAAGCACUUUGCAAGAGCAAUGGAACCAUGGAUGCUGCUUUCCGGAUUUUUCAUGAGAUGCCAAAGCGUGGGCACAUUCCAGAUUCAUAUACUUAUGGAACUCUAAUUAAUGGAUUGUGUAGGGCAGGGAGAAUUAGGGAAGCAAAAGAACUUUUGAUAGAGAUGGAGUCAAAUGACUGUUCACCCUCUGUGGUUACCUAUUCUUUGUUGAUACAUGGCCUUUGCCAGUCAAAUUAUUUGGAAGAAGCAUUCGACUUGCUCAAAAAGAUGAAGAGCAAAGGUAUUGAGCCAAAUGUAUAUACUUAUAGUUCCCUUAUGGAUGGUCUUUGCAAAAAUGGGCAUUCUUCACAAGCCAAGGAGCUAUUGGAGAGGAUGAUUAGCAAACGCCAAGUCCCAAAUACAAUAAUUUACAGUUCCUUAAUUCAUGGACUCUGUAGAGAUGGUAAACUUAAAGAUGCUGUAGAGAUUUUUGAUAGAAUGAAGGUACAGGGAUUGAAACCUGAUGCCGGGUUGUACUCGAAAAUUAUCAAUGGGUUUUGUGAGAUUAACAAGUUCUUGGAAGCAGUGAACUUCCUUGAUGAAAUGGUUCUUGCCGGGAUCACUCCUAAUCGUGUAACUUGGGGACUUCAUGUCAGGAUUCAUAACAGGGUAGAUCAAGGACUCUGUGCUGAGGGUGAUCUAAAUCGUGCUUUCCAGUUGUACAUGAGCUUGCGAAGCAGAGGAAUAUCAGUUGAGGCCAAUACCUUUGAAUCCCUCGUUCAUUGUGCUUGCAAAAAAGGAGACCUUUACAAAGCUGCUCGUAUUAUAGAUGAGAUGGUGCUUGAUGGAUGCAUACCUAGUAAGGAAACAUGGAACACCAUAUUGGAUGGGUUUUGGGACAGAAGGAAAGUGCGUGAAGCUGCUGAUCUGUUACAGGCUAAGCUGAUGGAUGAAUGCAAAAAGACUAUUUCCAAUUGA